UCGAAUCUAAGUCAAUUCAGUUUGACAUUUGAAUUUGUGACUGUUUGUGGUGGAUUGUUUACUUUAUUAUUUUAUUUUGUUACCUGCUAUCGUUUUGGUUAUACCUGGGGAAUUUCGUAGUUGGGCUUAUUUACCUGUUACUCACACAGCACAAAACAAUUAUAAUAAAAUAAUGGUCCAAUCUCAAUUUUCCCUGACAUGGAACUCAUACAAAAAUAGCAUUUGUAGUGGAUUCACUUCUUUGCAACAGAAUGGGGAGUUGGUAGACAUGACCCUGGCAGCGGAUGGCCACUUUGUAAAAGUACAUCAGGUUCUAUUGGCAUUGGCUAGUCCGUAUCUGAAGGAGCUCAUCACAUCAGCUCCAUGCCAACAUCCUGUCCUGUUUCUCAAUAAUGUGUCUUACAAGAAUAUGUCACUGAUAUUAGAAUACAUUUAUACGGGUGAAGUGUUGGUUCCUGUAGACAACAUCUCAUCAUUUGCAGCAGCUGCAAGGGGGCUUCAUAUUAAGGGUCUUGAAAACCUUAGUAACGAAUGUUUGAAUGUUCAAGAUACCAGGUCAUCACAAUUGGAAACUUCAGACUUGUGCCAUGUGAGUGGGGUGAAGAGAUUGGCUGUACCAACCAGUGAUGGCAUAGGACAGAUAGACAUACCAGCCGCGGCGAGGAAAAUUUAUGUGAAGCAGGAGCCAAACUCACGAAAAAAUGAUUCUCCGCCGCCUGACACAUCGCAGCGUCUGAACGACUACUCGGACGUGAUAGAAGACAACGUGGCUCACGACACGGACGACGACUACAAGACUGAAGCUCAAGUUGUAACACACACGCCCAAACAUAUCAAAGAUAACCCGGCAUCCAAUCUGCAAUACACCGUGUCGAUCCGAGGCUCCCUGCAAGUAAUCCUGAACCGAUACAUUUACAACCUGCAGUCCGCCACCACCAAGGCGGGCUUGCGGCGGUGGCGGUGUAUCGACUACCGCAACCAAAAGUGCAUGGCUUUUGUGGUCACCAAAGACAAUGUAGUUUUAAAUAGGGCUAAUCUCCAUAAUCACGGGUUCCACGAUAAGAAAAUUUUGAUGAAAAUGGAGAAGAAAUGUAUAUUCUCGGCGAUAGAUGACGUGCAAAACUACAAAGAAACGGAGGGCUCCAGAGACAGCGACUCUGCGAUGGACGAGGGAUUUGAAGCGACCAGCGAUUUUAAAUAAUUGAAACUUUAUUAAUUUUAAUU